AUGGAACCAAGACCAGACGACCUCUUCCUCGGCUGCGACCUCUCAACCCAACAACUAAAGAUCGUGGCAAUCAACUCCUCCCUCCAAACAAUCCACGAAGCAGCCUGCCAUUUCGACAACGACCUCCCACAGUACAAGACCACUUCCGGCGUCCACGUAAACGGCGAUGAGAUCGCUGCUCCGGUCGAGAUGUGGAUCGCGGCGCUUGAUCUUGUGUUACAGCGCAUGAAGGACGAGGGAUUUGAGUUUGGGAGGGUGCGGGGGAUCUCCGGGGCGGGACAACAACAUGGGAGUGUUUAUUGGUCACGGGAGGCAGAAGGGUUGUUGGCAGCGUUGGAGAAAGACAAGACUUUAGUGGAGCAACUGAGUCCGAAAGCGUUUACCCACCCCAUCUCCCCGAAUUGGCAGGAUCAUUCCACGUCGAGGGAAUGCGCGGAUCAUGAGGCUGCUGUCGGGAGCGCUGAGAAAUUGGCGGAGAUUACGGGCUCGAAGGCGCACGAGCGGUUUACUGGGCCGCAGAUAUUGAAGUUGAGACGGAAUCGUCCGGAGGUCUAUCACGAGACCUAUCGGAUCUCGCUCGUCUCCAGCUUUUUGUCAUCGUUGUUUCUGGGGAGCAUCGCACCCAUUGACAUCGCAGACGUCUGUGGUAUGAAUCUCUGGGAUAUUUCCUCCAACACCUACUCCCAGAGACUCGUCUCUCUCGUCAGCGACAACCCAGGCUCUCUCAUCCAGAAACUCGGAAUCCCCGAGACUGACGGUGGGCGGCUGAUUGACUACAUUUCGCCUUACUUCGUGCACCGGUAUGGCUUCCCCACAGAUUGUUGCGUGGUCCCAUUCACAGGAGAUAACCCCGCGACGCUGCUUUCAUUCCCGUUGAGGCCGUUGGAUGUGAUUAUCUCGCUGGGGACAUCGACGACGUUGUUAGUGACCACCCCAACCUACAUCACAGACCCCGGGUAUCACAUGUUCGCGCACCCCACGACACCGGGGUUGUAUAUGGCCAUGCUCUGUUACAAGAACGGAGCCCUCGCGCGGUUGGGGGUCCGAGAUGCGGUAUCCAAAGUGAAAGACACCUGGGACGAAUUUACGAAGAUCGCCCUCGAAACACCGGUGCUGGGACGCGAAAACGCGGAUGAUCCGGCGAAAUUGGGGUUCUACUUCCCGCUCAGCGAGAUCAUCCCCGCCGCCCCCUCCGGAACUUGGCGGUUCCUCUCCAAUGGAGAACUGGAGGAAGUCCAACCUGGUGGGAAGUGGGACGUUCCCAGGGAUGAUGUCCGAACAAUCAUCGAAUCCCAAGCCCUCUCUAUGCGGCUUCGCUCUCAACCCCUCCUCGCCCAAGGCGCCGGCCGCCCAGGCAAGAUCUGGGUAGUAGGCGGCGGCUCCUCCAACCCCGCCAUUAACAACAUCAUCGGACAAGUUUUCGGCGCAAGGGAGGGGGUGUACAAGUUGUUGAAGGGGGCCGCGAAUGCAUGCGCGUUGGGAGGGGCAAAUAAGGCUGCCUGGGGGGUGUUGAGGAAGAAGGGGGAGACAUUUGAGGAUUUCAUGGCGGCGAGAUGGGAGGCUGAGGGGGGGGGAAGGAGUGAGAGAGUUGUACAGGGGAUGAAGGACGGAGAGGGGGAUGGUAUUUGGGAGAAGUAUGGGGAGGUGCUGGGGGUGUUUGAGGAAGCGGAGAGGAGGGUUGUGGCGAGCAAGAACGGGCAAGGACACUGA